UACAUUUCUCUGGCACUACUUCCGGUUGUCAAGAAUAAAACAACAACAUUGUUGCAGACGAAAAAAGAAAGCCACGAAAAAAACAGCUGACCAGUAAAUGGUUCCCUUUUCUUAUUAAUUCUCAGCUCGAAUGUUCAUGUAAUCUGGUCAGCGUGAAUUCACCAAUAAACUGUUGCUUCCUAACAUCAUGUUCAAGAGAAAGGCAGAGGACAAACAAGAUAGUCUCCAUCAGAUAAACAUCAAACGUGGAAUCACCAGCCACUUUGCCCGCACACUCAAGAUCCUGCAGCAGAAACACCUCCAGUCUGAUGGGGAAGAGCAGAUCUAUAGUAAUGAUUACUCCAACAAUUUGUGCAAUGCCCUGGAAGCUGUCUUUCUGCACGGCCUCAAGGAUUCCGUGACUCAAAAGGUACUACUACCACACCCACGCCUACCUCAGAGACCACGAACAGCCGGGCAUCUUGAAGAACUACCUCACAGGUCUGAUGAGCCUAGAGUUCUGCCUCUCCUGUAACUCAAGCGUUCUCAACCUCUGGAACAACUCCACCCUCCAGCUGGCCGGUCUCCUUGACCCCCACUCGGCCCCGCCCCCCAUGCUACGAGAGGCUGGUAGCCCCGCCCCCAGUGCCACUGUGGUCUCCGCCCAAGGACCGCCCUCUGCCAGCGUUGUUUCUUCCUCGGACCUGGCAGGGAGGAGGAAGGAGAGAGAGAAGAAAAAAGUCAUGGAGGAGUCGAUCGUGGCUCGAGGAGGAAAUGCGUCAGACAGAGCGUCGUCGUCGGGCCAGGGGGGAGCGGGCAGGCCGGGGCUGUCUGUGUUUUCCAGCAUUCAGGACGUGGAGGAGAUACGGAGGAUUGGAGCUGCCACAUCCCAGAUUUCUUUCACUCCAUCGGAGGGCUCCACCUCCUCCCACAUCUCCUGCCCUGACCCGGGUCAAUGUCACAGUGGCGUCGGUGAUAACCUUGUGUCAAGGUCACCGGGAGGCCUGUCGUCCACCUUGUCCCCAUCUCUGUUCCCCCGCGCGGAUGUGCGGAGAGUGAGUCAACAGUCGAGUGACUCCUUGGGGCUUUUGGGACAGGACAUGGAUUUAGACGGGCCUCGGGAACACGAACGGCGCCGGUCAGACGGUGUGUCAGAUAUUGUGGUCACUGGUAGGACACGCGAUACUGUGGUCACUGGUAGGACACGCGAUGUCCAAGUCGAAAGUGGAACGGGGGGUAUGGUCGGCGCGACUGGGAGGCUGCCGGUCGAUGUUCCCAAAUCAGCCACAGCAAGGACAGCGACAUUUUCACCGGUGGGUUCGCCCGUGGUGCUGGAAGACGCUGCCAGUCUGGAGGAGAUCUACUCCUCUCCCAGACGCCCGCGCAGUCGCAGAGUCAGCGAAGACGAGUUCAACCAGCUCUCCUCACCCCCGGCUCAACAACGAAUGUUGAGCCCUCCUUCGUCUCUCGGGGGUUCAGUCACAGCGAUCGCUGAAGACGCCCGGGAGGGAUUGGUUGGAACCCCGUCUUCUAGUACGGAAGAUAUCUACGGACAGACGGAGGAAAUUGACGGUCUAGACGACGAUGUGGACAAGGGGGAUUCUAUACAGGAGAAUAUCCGACAGGGGAACAAAGAGAAAGAGAAGGAUGUUCCGGAGACCGUUUCUGACUCUGAGAAGAAGGAGGAAGAUGAAUCGAGGCUUGUGGACUCACAGCUCAGGGUGAAGCAACAGACAGACGAAUUUGUGUCUAAGGGUGAGGUGGGGCGUGAGGGACAGAGUCAAACGUCUGUCCCCUCGUCCACCCACCAACCACCCUCAUCCUCCUCUUCUCACCACCCAUCCUCCACCACCUCCUCUUCCUCCCACCAGACUGGAGUUGUGAGAGGGUACGAGGAAAUCUGUGCUGCCUUACCUCCCCUGAAACUGGACGCUGCGGAACAGGAAGCCAUCUUGAAGAAAGUUCUCCAGGAAAUCGACGUGCAGGCCGAUCUGGAGAGAGCCAAGCGGGAGUCUCUGAGGAAGAAGAAGGAGAUGGAGACACAGAACGCUGUCUGCGCUACGGGGGUGGGGCACAGGGAAAAAGAUGCGGGUCAGGGUCAUGCUGAUGUUGCCAUAGCGACGACAAACUCCAGGGAGUCGAGAGACGGGUCAAAAGGUGGGAAGGAAAAGUCCCGAGACUGGACUGUGCCCACGAGCAGCGAGGAUAUGCCAGCGGUGUCUCAAUACAAGUCCACUGUGGGUGGUGCCCGAAGUGGGUCGAAAGAGGUUCAAGAUCUGACAGGUUCUGAUGUGAAAAGUUCUGGUCAAAAGGAAGAGAAAGGAGAACAAAGUGUGGCCCAUCGGUCGAAGACAGGGGGUGGCGGGGGUCCACCGCAGGCUAGAGAGGUCAAGGUCAUUCAGACUCAGCCCAGCAUUCCUGAGGAGGAGUCAACCACAUUUUACACGGACAUCCGGACAGAGGAGAGUUCGGGAAUCUACGACGUCGGCACCACACAUGUAGAAGUGGGUCGGGAUGAACAGGAAGUUGUCAGUCCGGGCAGCGAGGAUGGCCCGAUAUCCGGACAAUUUGGCAACAGCCUCAGCAGUAUGACGGGCUGGUCAUCAGAGAUAGAGUCGUCGAACCCGGGUCGUAAACACUCCAGGAUUGGGGUCAAGGGCAGGGCGGAGAGCUUCGCGUCCAUGCUGCGGAAGUACCAGACCUCGUCGGACCAGCCAGUCCCGACCGGCACCACCAUGGCGGAGGUUCUCAACAGUUUGACGCAGGCCUCCGACAGCGAGACGGACGUAGCGAUGUCACCUCAGGACGAGGCAGACGGGGAUGAGGAGGAAGAGUUUCAGAGUUCCCGGAUGAUCUUCCUGUUCCGAGUGCCGCGAGAGCACGGGCUGAGUCAGCAAAACUUUACGUGUCGCGGAUGUACCAGGCCCAUAACUGGGACUUUGGCAAGAAGAAAGUGUGUGUGGAGAACUACAAGUUUCUCCAGGAGCUAGAGGAGCAGCCUCUGUACGACAUCGAGGGUUUGAACCCCAAACUCUAUACACACGUGUCAGAACUAUACGACAUCAAGAUCCUCAGACAACAACUGUGUUACCUCAAGUCCUACCUGUUCACCUGCUCACAAAAAGUGGCCGACUCACUCAGACAGAAAGUCUGGCCCCGAGAACACCUCUAUGACAAGAAGGAUCUUUAUGCCAUCACUUGCGCGACCUGCAAGUCGGUGUUCCACAAGACGUGCAUGACAGAGAGCCUGCCCUGUCCCAAGUGUCAGCGCUGGGGCAAACGCAACAACAACCUGGCCCGCCUCGACAAUGGCUUCGCCGAUCACCCGGAGGAUUAUGGGAUGUCGCCGCCCAUGUAAACCGCGGCAUGUCUGCUGGUUUAUUUGACGUUCAUAGACAGAGUGACGUAACUGCACGUUUCAUGAUUUUUGGGGGAAAUGCGGAAAAUUCUUACCGCUUAAAACUGCUAUAUAGCUACCAACCAGUACGUAAAAAAUCAUAUUUAAUACAUGUUUUAAAGGUAUGACUACAGAAGUCCUUUGUUGUACAGAAAAAUAUGUAGUCUCUGUUUUCUAAUAUUGGUCCUUAUGGUGCACAUGUUGAAGAAAAAUUGAAUUAUAAAUUUUCAAAAUUGAAUUUUCAAAUAAUAAUGAGAACGAAGCCGACUAGUCAAUUGGAGAGAUAUUUAGCUACAGGUUUAUUUUGAACAAACUGAAUUUAUUGAAAGUGGAAAAAUGUGUGUGAAGGGCUUGGAGGGGGGAUUGCUUGACCAGUGGUCACCACCUUGACCCGCAGCAUGGAAAGAGUCGGUUAUUGAGUUUUGAAAAGUUGGCUGCUAUGCAAUUAUUUCGGAUAUCCCUGCCAUUGACACAAGUAGGAUAUGGAUUAGAUUAGCAUAACAAACCAAUAACACCAAAAGUCUCGGGUAUGUCAGAUACGUCACUCUGUCUUGGAUCAGCAGUACAGGAUACGGGUAGUGCAAUCUCUAUAUAUAUGUGUCGUGACGCGGUAGAAUCGGGCGCUCGUCAAUUUAUGGGCAUAUGGAGUUAUUGGUAUAAUC